UUUGAACGCAACGCGACUCAUCCUGUUUGCUAAGUGGCCAAAAAUUUCAGGCCGGCGGCGACUUUUAGCUCGAAUAACCGCUCAGAAAAUCCACCCAGAGAGGCCGAGGAUCGACACUUGUAAUCCCCAAAAAGGACUCCGACGGUGGUGGUAAAGCGGUGGUAAGGUCGCGUGGCUUUUCGUGUGCUGUCACAAGCAUGCCACUCCACAGCAUUUGGCCCUGAAAGCUGUCGUCAUGGGCAACGAGGACAGCCUGGAGGAGGUGUUUGUCGCUGUCCUUCGGCUCAAGAGUCAAGUCAGCCUAAGCUCCAAAGAGUACAGAGCCAAAGCCUAUGAGAUCUUGCUGAGCGAAGUGCCCUUGGAAGGGAAGGAGAAAAAAAGGAAGAAAAUCCUCCUGGCAACAAAGAUCCAGGCAGCGGGAGACAAAUCCAAAUCCAUCUUGGACUAUGUUGCGGACACCAUCAAACCCUUGUCCAACAGCCAAAGCUUCAUCGGUAAACGCGUGGUUCACGUGAAGAAAUUCUCCCUGGGUGGAGACAAUGGCGUUGAAGAGGCAUCGCUCUUUGUGGUGCCAGUGGGCGUUAAAGACAACAGCAAGCCGGUCCACAACGCGGGCGCCCCGAGCUUCUACUGCCUGCAGGACAUUAUGAGGGUCUGCAGCGAGACCAGCAGCCACUUCUGCCCUAUCACCGCCAGGAUGCUCCUGGCCUUAGACAAAUGGCUAGUGGAGCAACACACUGUGCCACAUGCCAUCCCGGCCCUGUUCCGUCCCGCACCCGUGGAGCGAGUGAAGACUCACGUCAGAAACCCAGCGUACGGUGGCGAGGGACGAGUGAGUGACGAGGGCUUGCAUAUGGGUUACACGGCACUGGAGAUCAAGAGCAAGAUGAUGUCCCUGGAGAAGGCGGACAUGUGUGUCCUGAACCCACUCUACGGCUCCGAUCUGCAGUACACCAACCGGGUGGACAAAGUUAUCAUCAACCCAUACUUUGGGCUCGGAGCACCAGACUACUCGAAGAUCCAGAUCCCUACCAGGGAGACGUGGCAGCACGGCGCCAACUGCACAGCUGAGGACAAGGAGCGUCAGUGGGUGGACGACUUCCCGCUGCACCGUAGCGCCUGUGAGGGAGACACGGAGCUGCUGUCCAAGCUCCUGGACAGCGGCUUCUCGGUCAAGCAGCUGGACAGUGACCACUGGGCCCCCAUCCACUACGCCUGCUGGCAUGGCAAAGUUGAGGCGACAAAGCUGCUGUUGGAAAAAGGUAAAUGUAAUCCGAACCUGCUGAACGGACAGCUCAGCUCACCUCUGCACUUUGCCGCAAGAGGCGGCCACAGUGACAUCGUGCAACUCCUGCUGCAGCACCCCGAGAUCGACCGGCACAUAGAAGAUCAGCAGAAGCGAACACCACUGCAAGUAUGUGAGGAGAACAAGCAGAACGAAUGGGAGGAGACGGUGAAGCUUCUGCAGCAGGCCAACAGUAAACCUUACGAGAAGGUGCGCAUCUAUCGCAUGGACGGCUCAUACCGGUCAGUGGAGCUGAAGCACGGCAACAACACCACGGUGCAGCAGAUCAUGGAGGGCAUGCGUCUCUCCCAAGAGACCCAGCAGUAUUUCACCAUCUGGAUCUGCUCCGAGAACCUCCACCUGCAGCUGAAGCCAUACCACAAGCCCCUGCAGCACCUGCGCAUCUGGACGGAGAUCGUGACGGACCUGACGGUGCUGGACCCGCAAAGAGAGACGCCUCAGCUCUUCCUCCGCAGGGACGUCCGGUUGCCCCUGGAGAUAGAGAAAAAGGUGGAGGAUCCGCUGGCCAUUCUCAUCCUGUUUGACGAGGCCCGACACUGCCUGCUGAAGGGCUUCUUUCCGGCUCCCGACAGCAAGCUGAUCACGCUGGCCAGCUUCCUACUGCAGAUCAUCUACGGCAACUACGAGAGCAAGAAGCACAAGCAAGGCUUCCUCAAUGAGGAAAACCUAAAGUCCAUUGUGCCUAUUCUAAAAGUGAAAAGCAAAGCGUACCACUGGACGAACAGGAUUCUGCACGAAUACAAAGCGCUGAGCACCAGCGAGGGCGUGAGCAAGGAAAUGCACCACCUGCAGCGGCUCUUCCUGCAGAACUGCUGGGACAUCCCCACCUAUGGCGCCGCCUUCUUCACGGGACAGGUCUACACCAAGGCCAGCGCCAGCAACCACAAGGUCAUCCGGGUCUACGUGGGCGUGAACACCAAGGGGCUCCACCUCAUGAACAUGGAGACCAAGGCACUUCUCAUCAGCUUAGAGUACGGCACGUUCAUGUGGCAGCUAGGACAAGCUGACCAGUACUUCCAAGUGCACAGCGGCGAGAACAAAAUGAACUUCAUUGUGCACACCAAGCAGGCUGGCCUCAUUGUGAAGCUUUUAAUGAAGCUGAGUGGGCAAAUGACCCCCAACGAGAAAGGCACCACAGACAAAUACGCUUAUGGCUGAACCGAGAGCGCUCAGGACGACACAGCUGCCAAACCAUUUCCACGCUGAAUAAUAAAUGACUACAACUGAGGGCAAAGUGUGCUAAUGUAGUAAUCUCUUUCACAAGUUCAAUGUCUGUGAGAUUGUUUUGACAAAUCUCGUAUUUCCAUGUGAAUGUAAAUAUGUUUAUUUAAUAAUUUGUUUUAAUAAAUGGAAUGUUUGAAUAA